CGGAACCGGUAGCGAAUGCGUUGCCACACAGGUAACUAACGGCGCCGUUUAAUAAAUUGAUUGCCAAUUAACACGUUGAAAACCCUAUUAUCGCGUAAUUAAUUGCGUUAUUCUGGGCUGAAACCAUGCUAGGCUAUCGCAGGAACGGACUUUCUAGUACGGUUAACACAAUUAAGAAAGAUUUAGAGGAAAUAUGUCAGAGUGGCAACUUUUAUGUUACUGAAGAAAUUGGAAAUGAGUUCAAUAACAUUGCAAAUGGGCUGGACCACUUAAAAUUGGAUGGCUAUUUGAUGACUACAUCCAAUGACUGGCAGAAAGGAUUUGAUUCAUCGCAGGUGCAUGCUCAUGCUCAGAAUGCCCAAGAUGUCUUGGACUCACUGGCAGCGACAUUGUUUGAUUAUAAAAAUAAAAUGGGGAGCACUGCAAUUUCCAGCUGCCAAGAAAAUGAGAUCAGAGAGCGACAUCACUGGGCAAUGAGGAAUCUACAGAAUGUAGAAAAGGAAUUGGCUCCAUUUACAACCGGAGCAGCUGACCGGAUCAAGCAGUUUGGUGACCACAUUGGUGUGACUGACCGCUAUACUGGAUACCGUAACAACCUCACUCGCGGUUCAAGAGACCCCUUUAAACUGGCCACCAGCUGGAUGGACAAGGGUCAACAGGGUGGAUAUCUACGGGGCAGUUUCAACAGAUCAAAUACAUUUGCCGGUCAGACUAUGAAUAACACAGUAUCGGACAUGAAACAAAGAUCCCCAUCAGCUGUCCGGUUUGGAAACACCCAACCCUCCAAGGUGGAAACGAAAGGCUACCAGACAGUGGACAGCAUAUUUCCACGAAGCCGCACCAUGUUUGCAGAGGGCACAGCUGGUCGCAGUCAGGCAUUGUCCAACCUGAAGGCAUCAAAUGCUCUGAACGCAACAGCCACGGACAAUCAAGGUUUCACUGCCAUGCCAAGGGGCCACAAAAACCUUUCUGUCCAGGAACAAGCCGGAAUCAACACUACCUACCCUGGAAAAACCGAGUAUAUGACCCGUUACAAGUCACCCCCAACUGACGUGAAAACAAGUCACUUUAUUGUGAAUCCGACGCCAAAUUUUAUGCUCCACGGACGACCGCUGGGUUUGACGACCUACAGUCCUAGUUUCACAGAAUACCAGACCAGAUACGAGUGGCCUGAUUCUAAUAAAAUUGUCAAGCUACCAUGGAGAAGAAAUUGAUAAUGUUCUAGAGAAAUUAUUGACAGCAUUAAAAAGGUUUUGUGAUAUAUUUCAGUGUGUUUUCCCCAUAAAUUUCAUCUCAUUUUGUGGAAAAUUAAGUUCAACAUAACCAUUUAUAUAAUAACAACAACUCUGUAAGGGUCAUAAAAAGGUGUAUAUAGCUAUAGGCUUCCUGAGGUCCAAAACAAGUUUUUGUGACAUUUUUGUAGAAGUGAAUUGAUUGACCAUAAAUGGAAUAAAAUUGCGUACAAAUCUGUCCAUGGCACAAUGAAGAAGUUAUUCAAAGAACCACUAUUCGACUUGCAGAGCACUUUCAGUAAUUUUCAUGAGAUAUUUCGAUAGCCUGUGUCCCUGGUAUGUAGCUAAGGUUGUGCAUAUCUUGAAAUCCUCUUAUUUUAUGAUAACUUUUAUAAACUUUAUACACAUCCAAAUGUACUGUGAUAUUGUACAAAUAACAGUUUUUCAUCACAUUUACAAUUUAUAUUUAUAAAAAAUUCUUAUAGUCUUAUGACCACUAUAUUGAUGUAUUACCAUGUUUUAAUGUCUGUGCAUACAUAAAAUAUUGAAGCAUAAUAGAAAUGGGUAAAUACAAGGAUUAUGAUUAAAUAAUUAUGAAACCUUGGAAUUUCAUUACAUAUCUUUUAUUGAAUACGUUUAUCUUUUUGUAUCUGUUAAAACUGUUACACUUGUUGAAAUUAUAUAUUUUUAAGUUUAUUUUAUCUCAACUAACAGUAUUACUAGUGUCUUUGUGUUGUUGAUGUUUGUGGCAAUGUUUUUUACAAUAUAUUGAUGGCUCAGUGCAGACUUGUGUUAACUUGUACUAACCAUGUUUAUUUGAGUUGUUGUAGAGACAUUUAGUGAUACCAUUUUAUGAUGAUUUAGAGAUAACAUUUACUUUUUUUGCUUUCCUAUACCACUUCUUUCCUUCAACAGUAAAUUGUUGAUUAUCUUUUAAUUAUAACAAACUACAAAACCAAGUUGUUUGCCUUCCGGAUUUCAACACACACAAAGGUGUACAUACACUCCUUUCUGAGGCAACUUAAAAUCUGCAUCAUGUGCAUGCUUUACCAUAUAAUCUUCUUUCUUAAGAUAAUCUUGUUUGAAUGAAACAAUCCUCAACAAAUCUGUUGAUAAGUGCUUUUAUUGUCGUUCUUGUUUUGUUUGUUGCAUAAAGAUUUUCAUAUUGUAUUAAUUAUAAAUAUAUAAUUUUAAUGAUGUGAUAAAUUCACAAAUACUUUAAUUCCAAACUUCAUGUUCCUAAUUGACCUUAUUUAUGAAGCAUUUUACAGUUUUGACUGAUAUAUAUGACUGUCAUAUAUUUUUAAGCAAGCUUCUCAGAUGCCUGUGAUAUACUAGAUGCACUCAUAUCCCAAUGUUAACCCUUUGCAUUUUCACAUGUGUGAGAUCUUUUGCACUGUUUACCUAUAAAAGCACCACUUAUACUCAGAUCUAUAUUUUUAAUGAAAUAAAUAUGAUUGGAAACAUA